AUGGACCAGACAGAGCGAAACCGUAUCGGAUUCUUCUUGUCAGCGAAAUUCAACACUGCGUUCAUUUUGACACCGAGGAAAGCUCACUUCCGUGCAUUUACUGGCUCGAAGAAGGAAUUAUUGAAAUUAUCACCAGCUUUUAUUUAUCCGGUUAAAAGAGCUGUCUUUCUCGGAAUUCCUAAGGAAUUGGUUGUGACGGAGUUCAUUGUUUCAAGCCACGAGACAACAAACCCUUUUAACUCCCUGGUGGCCUUUAGCCCUUAUCAUCGAUGCGAAGGAUGGUUCCAAAAAUUCUCAAAUUGGUGUUUCCCACGCCGGAGUGAUAGUGUUCCGGAACAACGCGUCAAGUUUCCAGUUACCUUGCCAACCUAUGCUAAAAAGCCGAGAAGCACUGUACAACUGUUUCAUCCUUAUUGGGAAUCAUCAGCAGUGAGCAUCUCACGAAACUCCGAAGAGUCUCGAACCCGCGACCUCCUGGUUAGUAAUUUGAGCACUUACCCAUUCGGCCACGGGCGGCUGAUCAGCAGUUUUACUGGCUCGAAGAAGGAAUUAUUGAAAUUAUCACCAGCUUUUAUUUAUCCGGUUAAAAGAGCUGUCUUUCUCGGAAUUCCUAAGGAAUUGGUUGUGACGGAGUUCAUUGUUUCAAGCCACGAGACAACAAACCCUUUUAACUCCCUGGUGGCCUUUAGCCCUUAUCAUCGUAAGACCAAACCAUCUGAAAUGGACUUGAAAAAUUGGCGUGCGAAUACUCAGUUGGCGGGUGGUAUCAGGGAGGCAAGAGUCAGAUGCGAAGGAUGGUUCCAAAAAUUCUCAAAUUGGUGUUUCCCACGCCGGAGUGAUAGUGUUCCGGAACAACGCGUCAAGUUUCCAGUUACCUUGCCAACCUAUGCUAAAAAGCCGAGAAGCACUGUACAACUGUUUCAUCCUUAUUGGGAAUCAUCAGCAGUGAGCAUCUCACGAAACUCCGAAGAGUCUCGAACCCGCGACCUCCUGGUUAGUAAUUUGAGCACUUACCCAUUCGGCCACGGGCGGCUGAUCAGCAGUGUAAUUAACUCUCACUGUACAGUGCUUCUCGGCUUGUCAGCAUAG